UCGGCUCGUGCACAGCGGAACGGCGCGCAAAUCUGAACUCCAGUCGCUCCUCGACCAUCUCUCGCUCUCUCUCGCUCUCUCUCUUUCUGUACUCAGUUCUUUCUGACUGACUGGAAACGACAGGAGGGAACUUUUCCCCGCCAGCAUGCAAAGUUUAAACGGAGUCUCGCAUCUUUUAAUGUUUUUUCUGGUUCAGCUUGUACCUGCGCAGGUUUCACCGCCUCCAGAAGAGGCCCCCACAAGAGAAAUGACACUCCAGGAGGUGUGGGCAAAGAGCUUGUGUCAGCCUAUGGAGCAGCUGGUGGAUGUGGAGCAGGAGUUCCCCGGUGAAGUGGGGCACAUCUACAUACCUGCUUGUGUCCCACUACAGCGAUGCUCUGGCUGCUGUUCAGAUGAGAACCUCGAGUGCCAUCCUACUCUGGAACGCAACAUCACUAUUCAGUUGAUGAAGAUUAUUCCCAUGACAACUUCGCAUGUUGUGGAACUCACAUUUGUGGAGCAUCAGAGAUGUGAAUGCAGACUCCGUCAGAUACUUCUGCAAAAUAAAAGCAGCGCCGAGUCCAUCAAGAACAAACCUCGGAGGAGGAAACACAAGAAGACAGCAAACGGCUGUGGCAAAUGCCAGUUCCCUCAGAGCAAGAUAAGUCUUCACUGAUUCACACGUCUGUCCAAAAUUUAAAUUUGGGGGAGUGACUUUGCCAUGACGAACAGCGGCACAUCUGUGAAUUAAUCACACCUGACCAUUAAUCCUCUGUCCAAACACUUUUCCUCAUCCAGCAGAUCAAUCAGACUUUCCGUGAUGAUAUUUGCUUUUUUGAUUAAUUACAGUGUCACAGCAAACAACCAUAUCUGCGAAUUCAUUUGGCUUAGACUGCUGUUUUUAAUGCACCAAAAUCAAUGUCAAUUUUGAUUUUAAACAUCUAGCUGCUUUUGUUUGAGGUUUUAAAAACAGACAUAUGGUGCAACAGUAGAUACACAAUGGGUAUAGAGAUAAUAUGUUUAGCUUAUCAGUUGCUAUGGGAAAGUCUUCAUCCAUCCUGUUUGUUUUCACGGAUUUAACUGUCAGAUCAUCUGUCAGAUCUUCUCCAUGACUUCAGUGUGAUAUUUGCAGUGACUGAUGUUGUCAUAAUUGCAAUGAAACAAACUCUUUUCUAGUGCAAAGCUAGUGUGUUAUUUUUGUAUAAAUGCCUUUUGAUGAACACUGAAUCCACUCUUCCUAAUCAAGGGCCAUGAUAAGUUGAUGAAAUAAAAUGCACUCCAAAUACAA